CGCAUCAUAAAUAAAUAACAUUUUCUGCGCUACAGGUUUUGCUUCUUGUUCUGGUGGUGUUAAAGUCUAAAGAGUUUUCUAUUGAUUUAUUCAACACAACGCGCUUUUCUGCUUUAGUUUUUAUUUAUAUAAUAGGCUACAGAUCAAAACCAAACAGACAUGGAGGUGUCUCACCUCCUUUUUGGUCUUAGGCCUCGGGCAGGCCGCAAUUGCUGCGGUCUUAUCAAUUUGGAGACGCACCUGCCCAUGACCUAAGUGGAAGCCCAGAUACUUGACCUCCACCCGCCCAAUUGCACAUUUCUUCGGAUUAGCCGUGAGCCCAGCCUCCCUCAGUGACCUCAGGACCGCUCUCAAAUGCUCCAUAUGCCGCUGCCAAUCGUUAGUAUGGAUAAUGAUAUCGUCUAGGUAAGCAGCGGCAUACGUUGCAUGGGGUCGGAGGACACGGUCCAUGAGGCGCUGGAAGGUGGCCGGGGCUCCAAACAAUCCGAACGGAAGGGUUACACCAAUUUGUAACCCUUCCGUUCGGAUUGUUUGGAGCCCCGUGUUUGGCCAUCUGGUGGGCUGUCCUCACCCUCAGAUACUCCCUGCUGGGGCAGGAAUUCACCCUCUGUUCGGACCACGCUCCCCUCCAAUGGCUCCACCGAAUGAAAGACACCAAUGCCCGGAUCACCCGUUGGUAUCUUGCUUUACAGCCUUUUAAAUUCAAGGUGGUCCACAGGCCGGGUGCACAGAUGGCUGUGGCCGACUUCCUCUCUCGGCAAGGGGGGGGGCUGCAGGCUGGACGGCUCCCCGGCCUGAGUCGGGCGGUGGGGGUAUGUGGCAAGGGGGGCGUGGUUCAGCGAAGUCUGCAGCGGGAGAGAGAGUGAGGAGACGAGCGGUGAGUGAGUGGCGCUCGCACAAAUAAUGAACACCUGUGCCUUAUUCCAGUAACUGGCGUGGAGAGGCUUAAAAGGAGCAAGGCAGAGACAGUCUGGGAGAGAGGACCCGGGCCCGGAAACAAUGGCGCUGAUGGCUGGCUGCACCCCGAAGUUAGCGACAGAAGAAUAGAUAGCCCGAAAGACAACUAGAGAAACUACCACCUCGAGAAAUCUGAUGAUGAAUCUGAGACUAAGGCCAAAGAAAAGGACUCUGUGUGGAUGAAGACUUUUUCUCAUCUGUAGGACCAAAUGGCACUUCGAACAGACAAGAAGGGUUGAGGUCAAAGUGACAGCUGAUCUGGUAGUUCACAACCUCCCCCUAGCCUUUGCGGACCACUUGGGGCCUCUCCUAAAAGAAUGUUUCGGCGAUUCAAAGACAGCGCAGGAGUACAGGUGUGCCAGGACUAAGUCAUCCUGCAUUACCAAUGAAGCACUUGCACCAUAUUUCACACAGCAGCUUGCGAAGGAGAUGAAAAAAGCCCUGUAUACCCUUGUUACGGAUGGGUCGAAUGACACUGGAGUACAAAAGAUGAACCCGCUUACUGUCCGGGUCUUCAUGGGCAGCAAAGUUGUCCACCAGUUUUUAAGUAUGUGCACAACAAGUGGGACGAGAUGUGGGACAGCAAGUGCGAUCUUCACCAAAAUUAACUCCACCUUAGAGGAGCAUGGCAUCCCUUGGGAGAACUGCAUUGGUCUCUCAGUCGACAAUGCAGCUGUGAACCUUGGAUCACAUAAUUCCAUUGCCUCUAGGGUCCUCCAGAAGCAUCCCAACACCUAUAUUCAUGGUUAUCCUUGUCAUGUGUCACAUAACACUGCCAAAACUGCAGGAGUGGAAUUUUUUAAAGUGUCCAGUUUUGAUUUGGAGGAUAUGGUAGUGGACAUCGGUUACUGGUUCAAGGGUAGCACAAAUCGGAAAGAAUACCUGACAGAGUUUUGUGAGCUCCAUGAAGCGGAGUACAUGGAGGUCCUCCUGCAUAUCUCGGUUCGUUGGCUAAGCCUUGAACGUUGUGUGACCAGGAUCCUGAGGCUGUAUGAACCUCUGGCCAGCUACUACAAAUCUGCUAAUGAAAAUCAGGCCAGGUUCAUGAGGCUUGUGCAGACAUUCACUGACCCUAUGACAGAAGUGUACCUGCUUUUCUUCCAAGCCACUGUACCAACUUUCACUUCUUUCAACUUGCUUCUUCAGAGAGAGCAGUCGUCAAUAUUUUUGUUACAUGAUGAAAUGGUGAAAUUCGUACGCAAGCUAUGUUCGAAGUUUAUGGUUCCAGCAGCUCUGCGGGGCCAUGAGGAGCCUUGUGAAAUUGCCUUUAAAGAGAAGGCAAACCAUUUACCAGGAAGAAAGUUGAACAUUGGGUUCACAACCAGAGCUAAACUUAACAGAUUACUCGACGAGGGUGACAUCACACCACAGCAGGUGGAUUUAUUCCAUGAAGCUGUGUUGUGUUUCCUGACAAGUGCUGUGGACUAUGCACUUAAGAAGCUACCACUGGAAGAGCCACUGAUCAAACAUGCAAAAUUCGUAGAUGUACGGCAGAGGGCUGAAGUGACAUUGAAGAUGUCCAGUACUUUGUUGAAAGGUUUCCCCAUCUCCUCCCAUACCAUGGGCCAGAGGAGCAUGACCUUCUGGGUGAGGAGUUACUAAAUUAUCAGACCAUGCCAAUUAUAUCCCUGCAGGACGAAACUGAAAUGGAAAGCUUCUGGGCUGAAAUGGCAACCCAGAAACAUAAGGUGACAGGAGCCAAAGAAUUCGAGAGGCUUGCUGCCAUCGCCAAACUGGUCCUGGUGUUGCCCCAUGCAAACGCAGAUGCUGAGAGGGUGUUUUCAGUUGUGGGACUGAACAAAACCAAGAGAAGAAACAGCCUAGCAUUGGAUGGCACCCUGUCAUCAAUAAUGACCAUAAAGAUGGCCAAUCUGGAGCCCUGCUUCAAAUGGGA